UGCUGCAUAAAGGAUACUUCUAGCUGUUGGCUUUCCAGUUGGCUUUCAGCCCUCAGGUUCUGCUCACGUACUGCCUGAGCACCCUGUUCUGCAGUUAUGCUUCAAACCAGAGCUAGAAUGGGAAGACUCUAUGAAAAAGUGUUUAAAUGCAUCAGGAGAAGGUGGCACCAACUCAGUGUGUGCACUGUGCUCCAUAAGUUAACCUGGGACCUGUAACUCAUUUGAUAGACAAAAAUGUCUGGCUGGAGGAGAUGUCUUUAAAUGACUGAAGCCAGAGGUUGUUUCAAAGACAGUAGCGGGAGAUCAUGCAAGCUUUCAUUAUAAGGCAAAUGUUAACUGCAAAUACCUGCCUGUCUUAGUAACUUGGGUAAUUAAACUUUAUUAGAGACUUAAGUAUACAUUCUCACAUGGAUGUAGUGCCUUGCUUGAAUUGUUGUGGAUAAAACAACGGCAUUACAUUGUUUUGUUCCAGAGCACAUUCCAGGAAUUCAGGUGCUCUUUUGGGAAUUGUUCUUGGAGUGUCUGCCAUAUAUGUCUUCAUUUGUCAGCUCUGUGCUGAGUGCUCACUCUGAAAUCACAAAGCUGUAGCAUCCCAGCAGGGUGAAGAAUGAAAACAAAGUCAGACAGUGUUCUGAAGCAAUAUGAUAAAAUGAAGUUCCAGCUUAAAGUCCGGUCCCUUGCAUGGUCACAGAAAAGACCAAAACUUCUCAUACAGUCACAGUAACUUGUGUGGUAACAGCGUGAAGCAAGGAGUUCUGCUCUCUGUUGAAGUAAAUGAUCCUUCUGAUUUGUUAUGUUUUCCUCUGAGACCAUUUAAUAAUUUUUUUUGUAAGGGAGCUGUGUGUACAUUCACACUCCCAUUAGUCAGAAGAACGUGAUAUUUUCUUCAGAAUGCUCCAUAGGAGGCUUUGUGGUGGUGGGCUUUGUGUUUGUGUGUUUAUGUGUGAACAGAACUGUAUCAGCUGGCAUUGUUACUUUUUUGGAAGUUCUGCCUAGAGCUGGGGACACGUAUGUCACAGUUCAUGGAGUGAGAUGUUUCUGAUAGCUAGAACUGAGUCUAAGAACUAGUUGGUAGUUCUCCCUUUGGAGUGGCUGUGGAAUUGGAGCAGAAUAGGUUGUGCUCCGUUGAUGUCUGCUCAGCAGUGCUUUGUUUGAAAUGAAGGCAGAUAGCUUGCCAUUACAAGCUUGGAUUUUAUUUGAUUGGCCUUGGAAACUUCAUACAAGUGAAGAUAAUGGAAAGAUCUAUAAAUUGACCUUUUCGUUUAUUUGACUGUUCCUUGCAGCAUUGGAAACCCAAACACAACUGCUGCAAUAGAAGAACCAGAAAAUGCAAUUGCACAGUCUAGUUGAUUAUUCAAGCUGAGUGAACUACUAAAUAGAAGUGACAUUUGAGAGGAAAAGAACCCACUGUUUUUAAAGUUCUUAAUGUACAGCUUUAGCAAUACAGAUACCUCUGGGUUGGAAGUGGCAGACAACUUUGUGGCCAAGCCGGGUAGCUGCAGGAAGCAAAGUGUGGUGGAGAGAAAACUGGUUGGGCAGGUUACACACUACAAGCAAUAUCCACCUAAUACAAGCAAAGUAUAUUCCUACUUUGAAUGUCGUGAGAAGAAGACUGAAAAUUCCAAGUUACGGAAAGUGAAGUAUGAAGAAACUGUUUUUUACGGUUUGCAGUACAUUCUGAAUAAAUACUUGAAAGGUAAAGUGGUGACCAAAGAAAAAAUCAAGGAAGCCAAAGAAGUGUAUAGGGAGCACUUUCAAGAUGAUGUCUUCAAUGAGAAGGGAUGGAACUAUAUUCUGGAGAAAUAUGAUGGCCAUCUUCCUAUAGAAAUAAAAGCUGUUCCCGAGGGCUCUGUCAUUCCCAGAGGAAAUGUUCUCUUCACAGUAGAAAACACAGAUCCGGAAUGCUACUGGCUCACAAAUUGGAUUGAGACUAUUCUUGUUCAGUCGUGGUAUCCAAUCACAGUGGCUACAAAUUCUAGAGAGCAGAAAAAGAUUUUGGCCAAAUAUUUGCUGGAGACUUCUGGCAGCUUGGAGGGACUGGAGUAUAAACUGCAUGACUUUGGCUACAGGGGAGUUUCUUCACAAGAGACUGCAGGAAUAGGAGCUUCAGCUCAUUUGGUGAACUUCAAAGGAACAGACACUGUAGCUGGAAUUGCAUUAAUUAAGAAGUACUAUGGAACAAAAGAUCCAGUUCCAGGAUAUUCUGUUCCAGCUGCUGAACACAGUACCAUAACAGCUUGGGGGAAGGAUCACGAAAAAGAUGCUUUUAAACACAUAGUGACACAGUUUUCUUCAGUGCCUGUAUCUGUGGUUAGUGACAGCUACGACAUUUACAAUGCUUGUGAAAAAAUAUGGGGUGACGACUUAAGGCAUAUAAUUGAAGGCCGAAGUCCAGAGGCACCACUUAUUAUUAGACCAGAUUCUGGGAAUCCCCUUGACACUGUUUUAAAGGUCUUGGAGAUCUUAGGGAAGAAGUUUCCCAUCACAGAGAACUCUAAAGGCUACAAAUUGCUGCCACCCUAUCUCAGAGUUAUUCAAGGGGAUGGCGUGGAUAUCAACACGUUGCAAGAGGGAAUGCUGGUAGAACAGAUUGUGGAGGGAAUGAAGAAGAAUAAAUGGAGUAUUGAAAAUAUCGCCUUUGGAUCUGGUGGAGCUUUGUUGCAGAAGCUAACUAGAGAUCUCUUAAACUGUUCCUUCAAAUGUAGCUACGUGGUAACCAACGGUCUUGGGGUAAAUGUCUUCAAGGAUCCGGUAGCUGAUCCAAACAAAAGGUCAAAGAAAGGCCGACUGUCUUUGCACAGGACACCUGCUGGAGAUUUUGUGACACUUGAAGAAGGAAAGGGAGAUCUUGAAGAGUAUGGGCAGGAUCUCCUUCAUACGGUAUUUAAGAAUGGGAAAGUAACGAAGUCAUAUUCAUUUGAUGAAGUAAGACAAAAUGCCAGGCUGAAGAACAGUGAACUAGAAACAGCGUCUCACUAAGUUUCAUUCCACGUCUGUGUAUGUGUGUAACAAGUAUGUACUGCAUAGCUACUGGAUUUACUGUACAGAUUUGUGUGUUUGUGUUUUAUGACAUUGUAGCCAAAUUAUUUGUUGGUUUAUGGACAUACUGCCCUAUCUUUUGCCAGCCUUUAGAAAAGAUAAAAUCAGGAAAUGGUACUUACAUUGUAAAACAUAUUUAAUGCUAAAGUGUGCUUUUUAGGGCCCUUUGCCAGUAGUGAUUCAAUCUGGUAUUGAUCUUUUCACAAAUGAGACAGAGCUGAACUUUUUUAUAUAUAACAGAAUAUCACAAAAUGGAUUUACAUAAAAUUAUCAUGAUUGCUUUAUGUUUAUAUUUAACUUGUAUUUUUGUACAAACAAGAUUGUGUAAAAUAUAUUUAAAGUUUCAAUAAGUAAGUCUUUCCAACUUUUCAUGAUUUUUAUGAGCACAGACUUUCAAGAAAAUAUUUGGUGGGGGGGGAAUCCAUUGCCUUUUGUCCAUUAAUCAGCAAAUAAAACACGGCCUUAAAGUUUGUUGUGACAUUGUACCAUUUGACGACUAAAUCAGGACUUGUAUCUCCUUAAGAUCCUUUAGAAUUGCUGACCUCACCGUUUCUUGUAGUUGUCUGUAUUAGUUAAUCUGCAUCAAAGAAAGUUACUGUUCUUUUUAGAAGGUUUAGGUACUUACAGGCCUUGCUGGCACAGUGAGGUAUGUAAAUGGAAUGCCAAAUUUGAAAGGAUUCUCUACUGCAACUGAACUUGCCAAGUCUGUCCCACUUGGCAUAUGCACCUCAAUAUUUUAAUAGUAAAGUUUUUAAGAGAUCUCCUCUUCCACUAUAGAAUAUAUGUGUAAAAUAUUGAAAUAUGGAAGCGGUGUAUUUUAAAGUAAUUACACUUCUGGGUUUAUUUUUCAUAUACUGUAAGUGACAUGACUUUAAAGCAGAAUACUGGACUCGGUAGUGCACUUUUUUACUUUUUUGUAUUUUUUUCAUUGAUUUGCCUUUUGUCAGACUGGAUGUUAAAUUGUAAAAAAUGUUUAACUAUUUUUGUUAACAACUUUAAUAAAACUUUAUGCUAGCCAAACUCCUACACGAAUGGCAGAGCUGUUUCCCCUCCUCCCCCAUCUCACUGGGGUGAGGAGGGGCUCUCAUUCUGCAGAGGGUAACUGUAAGCAGUGCUUGAGAGAUUUCUGAACUGUCUGCACUUGAUUGUAUGAGCUCUCUGCAUAUGCCUGAUUUAAAUAUCUGCUGGAAAACAAAACUGUUGAGGAUUUCAUUUGAGAAGCUAUGUAGUAACCUCUGAAACGUUAGUACUGUAGGCUGGCUCUCGCUACAGAAGGAAUACCUCCCUUACUUAAACAAACAUGCAAACACAACAGCAAAAGCAAAUGGCUGCUGUAUUUUAAUGAUCAAUGAGUUCACAUACUAUAUAAUUAAUGCUUCUAAUUAGGAAAUGACAUUAAAGGAAAAUGUUCGAGGUCCUCUGAAAUAAUUUAAGCCUACAAAAGUUAUACGAAACAUGCAUUUAAAGGAAGAUUGAAAAGCCAUACUUCAUUGUUUUUAUUCUCUCACCAAAAAGGGCCACAUCAAAGCAUUCAGAAUCUCUCUAGGGUUUGUGGUUAAGAUAUUUAUGCCCGGUCUCAAUAGUUCUUGUUCAUGAAAACUUGUUUUCCACUGUUAGUGUAUGUAAUUAUACAUUUAAGUGAUGUAUUGUUUCAAAAAUAGCGCUUUAGUAAAAUUUUAAAUGCUGACCUUUCACACUGAGGAACUGCCUUCCCUUUGCUAUUAGUGAUACUGUUUGUAUUUGGCCAAGAAGGGAUUUAAAUCUGGACUUAGUACCAAUAGCAGGUAAAUAGUACACAGCCUAUUUUGCUCCUCCACACUAGGGAAUUUUAUGAUGUACAGUUUAAAAAAAAGAAAUGCUGCUUUCAUUCUGUACCAAUAAAAAUUUUGAUAACUAUUAACUACCCAUAACUGAUAUUUUUGUAUUUGGGAACUGAGGAUAUGCUGUGGAAGCACUGUUUUCUUUUGUAUCACAAUGUGCAUCAGUAUUUGUCAGUGUUGUCUCAAAUGUAGCUUGCUCGUUGGAGUCUUAGAUCAAAUUGUGUGUGUGUGCACGUCACCCUUGGAAGUUGUCAUGUCACUCAUCUUGGUGGUUGCUGAUAUAUUUCAAAAGAGGGGACUUGGGGAGAAAAACACCCGGUGCUAUUCAGACCCAAAUACGUGUUUCUCUGUUUGACGGUUUGUCGUUUUGGGCAUCAAGGAGUUGACAGAAGUUACUGCAGUGCUUAAACCAUACAGUAUCCUAAUUCUUCCACAUAAAAGCAAACAGCAUGUUUAAGCUUGCUUUAAAUUACUAGAUUUGUAGUCAUCGAUAUAUUUUAAUUAUCCCCAUUUCAUAAUAUAACACAGUAUUUGUAUUUAAAAAUAGGAACUGGGAGUUUUGUGUUAAUACCUUAUUUGUAACCAUAUUUAGCAUAAGAAAUGGAUUUUAUAAAACUAUUUUUCUUGAGCUGCAUGAUUAUGAAAAGAUGUUUUUUUCCUACUUUAAAGGAUGGGAGGAGAGAAUAGAAGAGUACUUAACUGUUUGGAUUGCCAAAAUCAAAACUAAGUUGAAACAUUUUCUUUUUCCUGUAGGUUUUUACAUUCCUUCUUAACCUGUUCAGUGAGAAUAAAUAUUCCUCACUUAAAUCCUCUGUUAAAGUAAUUCUAAUGUACUUGGCAUCAAAUACCAGUAUGUAAUACACAUGGAAAUAAAGUUUAGUUCUGGCAGUGAAAAUAAGA